GUGUGUGUGUGUGUGUGUAUGUGUGUGGUUGAUGAUGAUGUUGUUGAAGCUGCGGUGGUCCCUCGACUCCGCCUACAGCGUGACGUCACUACAGGAAGUGGCGGACUCAUCGUCUCCUCAUCAAAACAAAAACAUCGGAGUGUUCUCGGCUCGCGGAGCUUUUAGAACAUGACAGCGGGGAACAGGACGACACUCGGCCGUCACUGGAGCCUCGUGGAGCGGUAGAGAGCGCCGAGUCCAGCGGCUACUUUGUGUUAGCUUUAUAAAGCUAGCGUUUAGGUUAGAUUAACAGGUUAGCUUAGUUAGCUCUUAGCACUCCUCCUCCAUGGCGUCCUCCGCAGGACUCCCACCGCUCGGCCCGGACCGGGCUGCUUCAUCCUCCGGUCCUCCCUUAGGGGGGAGAACGCCUCUCCGCCCCUGUCCCCCCCAUCCGGCUCACUCUACCCCGGGCUGUGUGAUGGUGGAGUCGGUGGACGACGCGGAGGGUCUGUACGUGGCGGUGGAGCGGUGCCCCCUGUGCAGCACGUCCCGCCGCAGGCUGACCUGUGCCCGGUGCGUCCAGGCCGGGGACUUCGUGUACUUUGACGGGAGGAACACUGAAAGAUAUAUUGAAAAGUUGGAGCGACUGAAGAAGCUGCAGGAGGAGAAGGAGCAGCUGCAGCACAGAGUAAUCCGGUCCAUGGACAGGAAGCUGCAGGCGGAUGAGAUGAAAUGGAAGAUCAUGUCCUGUAAGAUGAAGAUCGAGCAGCUGAAGGAGGCGGUCGCCGGGGGCAACGACGAGAUGAAGAGCGAUAAGGAGCUGCUCCUGCGCUCUCAGGAGGAGAGUCAGCGGCUGCAGCGCCGGGCCGGACGUCACCAGGAGAAACGGGACAAGAUCGAACGUCACAACCGUCGUCUCGGGGAGCUGCUGGAGAGACGCAGCCGCGAGCUGACGAGCCGGCUGAGUCAGCUGGCCGCUCUGAGACGAGAACACAUCCUGGAGCUCACCACACACAUGUUCCCCACGCAGGAGGAGAAGCAGGGCAGCAGAGACCCCGCCGAUGUUGUGGCGGAGUGUGACCCGGCGUUGACGUCGAGCACGGUGAGCGAGCUGGCCGAAGCUCGGAGGACCACCUACCUGUCGGGCCGCUGGAUCUGGGACGACCAGAACGGAGAGACCAGCAUCAGCAUCACUGGCCCCCCCGUCACCCUGCCCAGCAACGGAGACUGCUCCGCCUACUACAGCUGGGUGGAGGAGAAGAGCACCAAUCAGGGCCCAGAGCUGGACCACAUCAACCCGGCUCACACCAUCAGCGCCGCCCUCUGUUACGCCACACAGCUCGUCACCAUCCUGUCUCACAUCCUGGACGUCAACCUACCCAAGAAGCUCUGCAACAGUGAGUUCUGUGGAGAGAAUCUGAGCCGGUACCGCUUCACCAGAGCUCUGAGCAAACUCAACACCAACAUCCUGCACCUGUGCUUCUCCCAGCACGUGGACAGUGAGAAGCUCCACCCCCAUCACACUCUGAGGAACAUCAUGUUCCUGGUUUCCCCCGACAACGACAACCUGGGCAGGACCGGUCCCUUCGAGGUUAGCGCUGACCUGGAGGAGUCGAUGGAGUUCGUGGAGCCGGAGGCGGCAGGGCCGGCGGAGGAGAGCGGAGACGAAGCAGUGACGGACGAAGAGACGGACUUGGGGACGGACUGGGAGACGGUGCCCAGUCCACGGUUCUGUGACAUCCCAUCACAGUCCAUGGAUCUUUCCCAGAGUGCAUUGCAGGUUUCCCAGCCAUCUGCUAACACUGGAGGGAUGAUCUCAUCUGCUGCUGCCUCCGUCACUUCCUGGUUCAGAGCGUACACCGGGCAGCGCUGAUCUUACCGGACAGGAACUGGUACCAGGACAAUGGGACAUGGACCGUUCUGGACUGGAACUGCUGGAGGUCUUGGACUAUGAGCUGGUUUUGGUGCAGACUGGACAGGGUCAGAGGUCAGAGGUCAGAGCUGGCAGGUCAGAAGAUCAGGAUUAUGAAUCAAACACAGAUGAGUCAGACUCCUUCAGCUUAGUCCAGGUUCACCAGAGUCCAGGUUCCAGACACAUAAACACAUCUGUGUUGUAUUGAUUUGUUCUAAUUUAAUUCAAGUUUUAUUAACAUCCAGUGACACGCACAUACACACGCACGCGCGCGCACACACACACACUGAAUUGAACCUCGUUCACUCUCCUUAUUUGUGGUUGAUAAUCAAUAAUCAUGUAAUAAAUGGUUUAUAAUCAAACUGUAAUCUGUGUUUAACAGAACUCUGGAUCAGAUCAGAACCUUCUUUGUCCGUUGAUGCAGACAAUCAGUGAGUGUUAUUAAUCAGCUCAGUGAGUAUUGAUUCAGCAGAUAAUCCAUGUAUGGGAACUGAUCGGGACGGAUACGAGAUGUCAGAACAAACACCCUGCGGUGCUGGAAAUCCUCAAAAGAGGUUGAAUGUUUUCAGGUCUUUAAAUUAUGACUGAGAGAUUGUUAAUAUUCAAUCUGUAGGUGAAGCAACAAAACUGAUCAACACUAACGAUCAGACAUCCGACAAACGUUUAUUUAUGAUUCAAAGACUUCAUUAUAUAAUUAAGAAGCUGUUAUAAACCAUUUAUCAUGUUUAUCUGCUGCUUAUAAUGAAGAACGAGGUGUUCAAGUGUCAGAAUCUUCUCACCUGUCUGUCUGUCAGCCUGUCUGUCAGCCUGUCUGUCAGCCUGUCUGUCAGCCUGUCUGUCUCUCUGCUCACCACAAAGGGAAACUGUCGGCAUUUAUUUUUCAAAUUUGCUUUGAUUUUCUUUUAUUGAUGGAUGAGACAAGGAGAGAAUCGGACUCCUGAACUCUGCUGUCGCUGUGACGGCGACCAUGUUCACACACACAAACACUGGUUGCCAUGGUGAUAAAGACUCGCUUCACGCUGGACAACAAAACAGAGACUGGACCGACUCUGGUUCAGAACUGAGAGAUGGAUCGGAUCAGACGGAUCGUGUUGAAGACAGAACUUUGUUUCUUCUGUUUUAAAAAGUGAAUGUUUCUCUGUUGCCAUAAAAAAGUUUGAACUCCAAUAAAAUCCUGUUUUCUGAGA